AUUAAUUAGGACAGGCGGCGGACAACAUGGCGGCGACCCUCGUACGACUUCUCCUUGUGUCACUCCUAGCGGCUACGGCUGCGUCGGCGGCCACAAAUUCAACGCACACACAACAUCAUCGCCGCCCGCCUUACAACGUCCACCUUCUCCGCCACCGGACUGGUGCCGCCGGCCGCCACAUCCCCUUCAUCAACUGCCUCAGCUGGCGGCUCGGCGUGGAGACCAACAAUAUAAGGGACUGGCACAUGGUCCCGCGGUUGUGCCAAGGAUAUGUCGGCCACUACAUGCUUGGCCGACAGUACCACAAUGACUGCGCCGCCGUGGCUGCCGCCGCAUUACGGUACUUGGCGGGGUUGCGCCAUGUUAAUAAGGACGGCAAGGAUGUUUGGGUGUUUGAUAUUGACGAGACCGCUCUCUCUAAUCUCCCUUAUUAUGCCCGAGCAGAUGUUGGGUUCGGAGCAAAGGCAUACAACGAGACAAAGUUCGAGGAGUGGGUAAAAGAAGCAAAAGCGCCGGCAAUGCCGGAGACACUGCGGCUUUACCGGAGGGUGCUGUCGAUGGGGAUUAAGGUGGUGUUCAUCUCCGCCACCAAAGAAGAACUCCGGCCAGCCAGGGUUUUGAAUCUUCAUCAAUCUGGUUUCAGAAUCUGGGAGUCCCUCAUCCUAAGGGAAAGAAACGAGACGGGUGGGGCAGUGGUGGAGUACAAGACGAGGAAGAGGACGGAGCUGGUGAAGAAAGGGUAUAGAAUCGUGGGAAACAUUGGAGACCAAUGGAGUGAUUUGGUGGGUGAAAAUGUUGGUUUCCGCACUUUCAAGAUGCCCGAUCCCAUGUACUACGUUGCUUAGUUAGCUACCUCUAUUUGCUACAUCCAUC